AUGAACAGACAUCGGCACCGUAACGAUUCGCCAAGGGGGAACAGUAACAAGGAGGAUCGAGAUCGACGGCAGUCGAUCGCCUCCUCGCGAACGCCGGUCUUUAAGCUGGUGGUGGUAGGCAACGGCGGAGUGGGGAAAAGUGCGCUGACCAUCCAGUUCAUUCAGCAAUAUUUCGUGACCGACUACGACCCGACGAUCGAGGACUCGUACACCAAACAGUGCAUCAUCGACGGCGACAUCUGCAAGCUGGACGUGGUGGACACUGCCGGACAGGAGGAGUUCAGCGCCAUGCGCGAACAGUACAUGCGCAGCGGCGACGGAUUCGUGCUCGUCUUUUCGAUCACCGACCGCGCCAGCUUCCAGGAGAUCUGGCGCUUCCACCAACAGAUCCUGAGGGUCAAGGACCGAGACUCGUACCCUAUGAUCGUCGUCGCCAACAAGGUUGACCUCGACGACCACCGAGUGGUCAGCCAGGGCGAGGCCGAGAGUCUCGCCCGCAUGAUCAACGUCCGUUACGUCGAAGUGUCCGCCAAGUAUCGCUUCAACGUCGAUCAGGCGUUCUACGAGCUUGUUCGUCUCAUCCGCAAGUUCCACGCCGAAGAAUGCCCUCCGGUCAUGCCUACCCCUCAGAGUGGAUCCCGCCGUCGCAGACGAUAUUGCACUGUGCUCUAG